AGAGAUUCCAAGAAAAUUUACAAAGAGAAACAAAAUGACGAUGAAGAAGCUUUUGAUGAUCUCCUUCUCUCUAACGUCUCUCCUCUUCUCAUUCUUUUACAUCAUCCCCACAACCACAACUCUCUUCACUUCUUCAAAGAUCCCCACUACAUCUCUUGAAUCCAACCAAAACUCCAACUCUACACUCCCUUCUUUCGCCUACCUAAUCUCUGCCUCCAAAGGCGACGUUGUUAAGCUCAAACGCCUCCUCAGAUCUCUCUACCACCGUAGAAACCACUAUUUGAUCCACCUAGACCUCGAGGCGCCUGAAGAGGAGCAUUUGGAGAUGGCUAGGUUCGUGGCGGGAGAGCCUCUGUUUCAGCCCGAGGGUAAUGUAAUGAUCGUAGGUAAACCGAAUCUUGUUACUUACAGAGGACCAACGAUGCUUGCGACGACGCUUCACGCAAUGGCUUUGCUCUUGAGAUGUUGUCGGUGGGAUUGGUUCAUUAAUCUUAGUGCUUCUGAUUAUCCUCUAGUCACACAAGACGAUCUGAUCUAUGCUUUUUCUGAGUUGCCUAGAGAUCUCAACUUCAUUCAGCACACUAGCCGGUUGGGAUGGAAAAUGAACAAAAGAGGGAAACCAAUAAUAAUAGAUCCAGGGCUUUAUAGCCUCAACAAGUCAGAGAUUUGGUGGGUUAUCAAACAACGUAGCCUCCCUACUUCUUUCAAGCUCUUCACAGGGUCAGCUUGGACAUUCCUAUCAAGACCAUUUUCAGAGUAUUGCAUAAUAGGUUAUGACAACUUACCAAGAACCCUCCUUCUAUACUACACCAACUUCGUUUCUUCUCCUGAAGGCUAUUUUCAGACACUCAUAUGCAACUCGGAUGAGUUCAGGAACACGACCGUGAACCAUGACCUUCACUACAUCGCGUGGGACAAUCCACCAAAGCAGCAUCCCAAGACUCUAGGGAUAAGGGAUUACAGAAAGAUGGUAAUGAGUAACAGACCGUUUGCAAGGAAGUUUAAGAGCAAUGACCCGGUUCUCAAUAAGAUAGAUCGAGAGAUCCUGAGAAACAAACAGAAGCGUGGGUCAAAACCUGGUCUUGGUCCGGGAGCUAGGAGGUUGAAGAGUUUACUAAUGAGGCUUAUGUUGAGAAGAAACUUUGUCAAGAGACAAUGUAGAUAGGAAGUGUGAGCUAUGUGCUACAUUAUAUAUGGAGAUACCUUUGAUCAUAUUCUUUCUUGUUUUGUUUUCGGUGUUUAUUAUAUAGUGAUCAUAAGGAAAAUUUUAGAUAAAAUGUUGGGGGAUGAAUUUGGUUUUGGACUUCCAAACCAUUAUAAUAUUUUAGAAUUUCCGAUGGACUAGGUUGUGAGACUCCAUGUUAUACGCGUUUGACCAAUCUUUGAUCUUUGU